UUUUAAUAUUCCUUGAAUAUUUCGCAUGAACAUCUUUGAAUGAAAAUGAUUGGUUGCUUAACGAUAGUUUUCCCGCGCUUGGCGCGGGCAGAGCGAUUCGCGAUGUUUAAAAGAUUGACUGUGCUUGUGAGUGCUUCCGAAAACUUCAUUGAAAGGGUUGCGUUUUCUUAUCUUUUCUAAUGCAUUUGUGACAUAUUGUAGAUUAUUUAAGUAAUUUGAGGUAAUGUGAUGUAUGCAUUGAAGACCAAAUCAGAGAAAAAUGGAUUUGGAUCUAUCUCUUAAUGAAGAGUUGGGUGAAGCUGGCAAAGACAAACUUCUGGAAUGUUUGGCUGUUAUGCAAAGACACUGGGCUGGGUGCUCUGCAACAAAUGUGAGAAGACGAAAAGAGUGGUCAGAACUACUAAAUGACUUAGAAAAAUUACCGUUGAAGUUCCGAAUAAAUGAAAUACGUAGGGAAAUAUCCUCAAUGUGGGACACAUGCUUUAAAAGUGAUAAAGAGAGAGAACAGUUUCCUGAAUAUAGUUCUGAUGAUUACUCUGAACGUUUGUUAGUUAAACAUCGGGAUGUUUUGGAAAAACUCAAAGCAUUUUAUAUUCAACACAGAGAGCUGAUAGAUCUUGUCCACAAAUAUGAAGAAAUGUGGAAAUCUGUGGUUAGUAUUCAAGAACAGUCCCAGAAUCCAGAGAGAUUAUUUAAAAAUCGUGGAGCUCAAUUACUUAAGGAAGAACAUGAUAGAAAACUAAUAUCUAAAAUUCCUCAUAUGCAAAACGUCAUUUUGAAAGCUAUUAAGAAGAAAGAAGCAGAAGGUACACUGUUCCUUAUUCGGGGGGAGCAGUUCUCUUCUAUCAUUGAAAGGCAUAAUUUGAAAGAUGAAAAGAAGACUGUUAAGCGAACUCCAAUGACAAACUCAGCUCUGAUGGGUCCUUCUGCCAAAAGAAGUCGCACUGUAGAAAAUGGAACUUCAAAUGGCCACACAACACAAAGCCAUCGUAAAGCUGUGCGCCAAUUAGAAAUGAAAUGAUGCUGAUACAGAUGUGCCAAUUACAUUGCAAAGAAAUUUUCUCUGUGGGUCAGUCCUAGUGAAAGCAACCAAAAAUGUCUAAUCUUCAACCUUACUAUCUAAUUUCUAUAAUAUGAGGUAUGGGGUAGUUGACAAACUGGGACAUUUUAUUUGGAUAGUGAAAACAAAAUUGCAGUUUUUGUAUCUCGUCAUUCAAAUUUAAUACACAUCUUAACCACAAAUGCUUAUAUUUUCAUUAUUUCAAAUACAACAAAAUCUUUGAAAGGAGUAUUAUAACUACCUUGCAGAUGACAGGCAGUUCUUCUGAUGUUUGAAAAUGGAAAAACUUUACGAUGUGUUGGAUCAGGUGAAGAUGUAAUUCUCUCUUCUUUUAACAACUUGGAACUGAAUUGUUCCAUAAAUUUAUUUAUCUUAGCUCUUAUAGUUAUUAGUUAGUUGUUCUGUGUAGUUUCCUUUGUUUUUCACUUCUGCAUUUUCUUUUAAUUAGUAAUUCUCUUGAACCCUCCAAACAUUUGUUGAGUCUUCAAUCUUUCCAUCGGUUUUCAAUAUCUGCUGGCUUAUCAUCCUUGACCUUAACCAACAAAAUGCAUGACACUGCUGUGGACAUUGUGUAACAGACAAACAAGUAACUAGUAAAUGAAAUUGUGUUUCAAGAACUAGGAAUCCUGUGCAGGAAUGGAGAAAUCAGUAUGCAAAUCAAGAUGUCCACUCUCUUGCCCACAUACUAUCCAAUUAUACCAGUUCAAUCAAAAUGUGUUGAAAUAUUCUAUACCCCGUGUAUAUUUUCAUGCUUUGACAUUUUAAUAACAAUAACUUUGCUAAAGAAGUGCAACGGAAACCAAAUUAUAUAUUUUAAUUUUUUUUAUUCAUAUUUAUUAAUUUAAAAUAUUUGUAACUUAAAAUUAAACAAAAGGAGUAUUUCUGUGAGAUUUAAUGUACAGUAAAAUCAUUUGAAAUUCUGUAAAAAGAUUUCUAAUAAGUGUUUUUGGAAGAAUGUAAGGGGAAAUAGAAUUAAAGACAUGAUUUUCAAUGUUUCAGAAUUUAAAAUCUGGUUUUCCCUCUCAAUUAACGCACCAACUGCUCAAAAUAUUCUGUCCCCCCUCCUCAAAAACCAACAACAAAUUGACAAAAAAGACAAAGAUCUCAGAUGUGGUCAGGUUGAUUUCACAUGGAAUAACCCCAGUACACAUUUAUUACUUGAUAAUGUAAAUAGAUUAUUUUAAUAUAAUAUGUAUAGUAGUAAUUUUAAAGCUGAUUUUAUGUUCUUAAUCAAUCGUAAAUUUUAAGGCUCAGUACGUUCGUACUAAGAAAAAUAUGAAUUGUUUGUAUAUUCUUAUUCUGUGACAAGCAGCAACACUUGUAUAUAAUUGUACAUGUUUCUAAUAAAUGUUUUUACAUAGUUCCUAUUGAAUGGACUCAAAUACCAA